AUGCUUCUGUUGCCGAACUACCGCGUGAGCCAGAAACGAGGCCUCGGCAAGCGGCCGAUCCCGCCCAUGGACUCGUGCCAUUUCCUGCUGCGCCUCGGGGGACUCGCGAAAGCGCGCGCCGAACUGCUGCUGAUCUUCGCCAGGGAAGUGGCCGACGUCGGCGCCUGCGUCUUCCACGAGUGGUUCUUCCCAGCCGAGAAGGGAGUCGUGCAGGCCGUGGUCCGAGCGGACAAGCUGUGCGACGGGUUCAGCGAGGAGAUGAAGCAGGGGGCGCAGUCUGGCGGCAACCCAGACUUUCGAGCUCGAGGCGCACCUCACCUGCGCGUGUUCAUGGCCCUCGUCGUCUACUGCCCUGCGAAGGGGAGUCAGGGGGACAAGAGCGUGGCCGACGCAGUGUCGGAUCUUCUCGAUCGCCUCAACAGUCAGAUCAGCAAUCUGUCGCUGCAGCACCUUGGGCGGAUCGUGAAGCGCGGCCGCGUGAAGGUGCAGGAGAAGAAGAUGGCGGAGCUGUGCGUGGUGUGCUUCGAGUCGUCGCAGGAGGUCGUCAAGCUGCCCUGCGACUGCAAGGUGGCGUACUGUGCCCAGUGCUGGGACCGCUGCUUGGAGGGGCUCGGGCGCACGGAGCAGAAGCACGCAGUCUCGCCCGGGCAUGAGCCGACGGCGCCCGUCGCCAGCGCCCGGCCGGCGCCAGCACCGCCGCCGCUGCCGGCGCGGCUGCGGAGCGUCGCGCGGGCUCCAGGGCUCGGAGGCGUCGGCGAGGCCGGCAGCGCGAGCGGCCACGGCAUCGACCACGCGCAGUUGAUCGCGGCGGCCUCGAGGGUCGGGAGGCGCGACGCCUCCAGGCAGCAGGUCUUCGUCAUCAUGACACGGGGCUCGGAACACAGGCCGCUGGGCGGAGGCGAGCGAUGGCGCCAGGCCUGCAGCGAGGCGCCGGCGGGUCCUGGCAGUGCCGUGGUGGCGAUGCCUCCUCGGCAGGCCUCGGAGAUCGAUGGGGCGCAGGCUUGCCCCCAGCGGUGGCGCGGUUGGGACCCCGCCACUGCGGCGCCCGCUUCCAGGGUGCCGCCUGCGGAGGCGGCCCCGGCAGCCGAGGCCCCCCAGGGCGCCUUGGGCGACGUCGACGGAGCGGCCGGCGACGCGACGGCGGCGGCAGCGCUUCAGGGCAGCAUAAUUAGGCGCCGGCGCUGCCGACGGCGCGGCGGCGGCGGCGGCGCGGCUGCCAGUGCGCUUCCGAGCGCUGCCGGAGCGGCAGCCCGCGACGGGAGGGCUCCCCUGCGCGCGGGGGCCGGCGACCUUUCCGGAAGCCGCUGCAGCAGGAGGGUGGCCGCCGGAGGCUUCGCCCAGCAGCGCUGCGCGGUGGUCUGGUAG